GUAUAGAUGGAUCCUGCUCUGUCACGAUCAGCCGACUAUUUCCGGCUUUACAUCUGCUGAUGGCACGCCAUCGCAUACGAGUCAACUCAUCUGAAAAUGGUUCAAAUGGUUGUUGUCGUCGGGUUAUAUCAACAUUCCGUCCCACUUACGGAAUAUCGAGAAUCACCUCCGCCUCAACACCGACAUUGAGUGGAUAUUUCUUUGAAUGGACUCCAAUGGACUCCUCAAUCCAUCGAUUUCGCCUAUCUCAGCAAUUGACCCCAGAUCCACCCCCGCCAUCCCAGGGAGAAGGGGGGGAAUCUUUGGACGCUCGAAAUUCUAUCCCGCCGAAGCGAAUCAUCUCGUGUCAACGAUGCCGCAAACUAAAGAAAAAGUGUAGCAAGUCACACCCGAGCUGUACUCUAUGUACUCAUGCGCAAGUCCCAUGUUCCUUCUUGGAGGCUUCCAAGACCUUGUCACUUUCAUUAUCAGAUAUACAGGAUCUCCAGGCUAGAGUCGUGUGGCUUUCGAGCUAUGUCAACAAUGCCCUGCCUUUGACUUCCCCUGUGGAGUCGUUUGCCACUGGUGCAGAUCUCACUGCAUCAACCUCGCAUUCAUACGAUGGCUCGUCUCCAGCUAUCGGAAACGAAGAUCUCAUUCCAGGAGGGCCGCACUCAUCAAGUUUACGCACUCAAAUGCCAAUUCUUCACAACACAGGCGAGAAUACGAUCCAGGCAACUACCCCAAUCCAAGGGUUACCAAGUCCGCUCGAUCAGUUAGAAACGCCCAUUACGAAUGCAAAUAGUAGCAUAUCAUAUCAAGCAUCGUCAGCUUUUAAUUUACAUUCCGCAGAAAGGGAGAGCAUCACAAGCGUCCCAGAUGAGGCAGCAGGUCGUCAAUUUGUGGACGCGUAUUUUCGCCAUAUCCAUCGAGCGUAUCCAUUCAUGGACAGAGCAGAAGUUUCAAAGAAGGUGGAUAUGAUGGGCGAUUUACUAACCGACAGAAUGAAGAACAUGUCUACCAAUCUAUAUAUAGUUAUGGCUAUAGGCUGUAAGUGUUCCUCUUACUCUAAAGGGAGUAGCAAUUAUUAGGGUUACGUACUAAGUGACUUCAGGUACCACACUUCAGCGAAUGGGACAGGUUUCAGACGAGAUCUCUGCGAAAUUUCAGAUCUCUUCUUGGAAAAUACUGGAAGAAUGUAUGUCAAAAAGGGAUAUCGAUUCCGUUGAGACGCUUCUUCUACUUGGUCUUCACUCACUCUUCGACCCCAAGGGACUAUCUGCAUGGAUCAUUACAGGCUUGUUGAGCCGCCAGAUCAUGUCACUUGGAUUAAGUCGAGAGACAUCACCAAAUCAAGGAAUCUCCCUCGCUCAAUCCGAAAAACGAAAUCGUCUUUUUUGGAGUGCGUAUACCCUAGACAGAAUGGUAUCGAGUUCUAUGGGAUUACCAUUUGGCAUCAACGACGAAAACAUGAACGUCCCUCUACCAGGAGUAACUUUAGAUGAGUACGCGACGUCCGAGCGACAAUACUACACCGUAACUCUACAAGUGAACCGACACGUCAUCGCACUCCGACAACUCGAAGAGCAAAUCCUGCAGAAAAUCCACUUAUCAAAUUCCUAUUCUACUACCUCACUCACGCAAGCCGACCGUCGAAUAAUCACCCAACGACUCCGAACUCAGAUUGAGAACUGGUAUACUCAAGGCUGUCUAGUUACACCCAUGGAACGCGAUCAAAUUCCUUUCCACAACACGAUUCCUUGGCUCAAUUACCGAUAUCAGAAUCUUCUUUUACUUCUCUACACACCAUCUCAUUUCAACUCGCCUAUUUCGCUUGACCAUGCCCAGGAAUUGAGGAGGUGCGUGCAAAAGUAUAUUCAGCUCAGCACGAUACUUUUUCAACAACGGCAUCUGCCGUUAAAUUGGGUGACGCUCUGUCGAUUCGUCGCAUUGUGCCCGGUUUUGUACUAUUGUUACGUUGAUAGUGGGAGCGCGAACGGGAGCGGGAUUCCAAAUCUAGGAAGUAAGGAGGAGGUCAGUAUGUGUGCUGAUAUCCUGGAAGCAUUUCCGGAGCGAUGGUCGGAAGCGAGACGAGCUGCGGGGGUUAUCCUACGGCUUGCUGGCGCCUUUGGCGCUUCGGGUUCUGCUGAGAUGGAUCCUAGUUGUAUGUUUCCUCAUCGUGCUGGUGAGGGUGCCGGUGUGGCUGGUGGAAGCGGUAUUAAAGAGGAAGUUACGGAUUUGGUCAGGGAUAUGUUGGGAGAAAGUAGUAUUUAUCAUCAAAGUAUUGAGGCAGCGGGCUUUUUGGCGAGGGAAAGGAGUGAACGGGGGGUAUUUGAGCAACUGAGGAGCGACGUCCCGAUGAGGGUGCUGGGUGGGUGGAAUGCGGGUGAGGGGGAGUGGAAUGGCGGUGAGGAUUUAAGUAUGGGUUUUAUUUGAUAAAAAGUCUCCUGGUCAUGAUAUGGGCAUUGUUGUGGGGAGUUAUGGUUCAGCAUGAUUGGGUGGUUAGUUUCACAUAGAACAAAGAGACUGUAGCAUCAACAUCG